AUGGUAAUAGCCACCAUCACCAUGGUAAUAGCCACCAUCACUAUGGGUAAAGCUGCUCCGAUAUACAAACCGAAAUCAUUAGCCCUAAAUACAUGAAUUUACCCCUGACUACUAUAUUCAGUAUAACUUUAGUAAAUAUAGCACUGGAGUAAAAUAAGCACAACUCUUUCUUUCUUUUACAGGAUGUUGUGGAUCAAAAACAAAAGAACAGAGUAAGUUUGUUUUCUUCUCUUUGCCACAAAAAGGUUAUGGUGGAUAUUUGUCUUUCAAAAUAAGAAAAUGUAUAAUUGAACAGGGGGUUCAACAAACAAGGGUAAGCUUUUAAUCUCUUAAUGUAAAUACUUUUACUGGAUCAUUAUUUCAAAAGAGGACAAUUGAGAGUUGGUAGAUUUAAAAUAUGAUAUCUGAUUCUUAAGGACUCAAUAUUUUAGUGUUUUAUGUUAUACAUAGGGGAGGAAGUGUGUGUGUGGGGGGGUCUCGUAUUAUCCAUGCAUGUUUUGUUUAAUAAACAACAAAAACAUAAAAUUGAUGGAAAGCAUGUGCAGUUAUACAGUAUGGUCUGACAAAUAUUUCAGAUGAAGAAUGUUUAUUUAAAUUAUUUAAGGAAUAUUCUAUUGUUUUGGUGAUAUGAAGGUUAUGACUCAACUGCAGAGCUAGACAACCCUUUACAGACAGAAACGCAGCUCAACCCAUCUCCUAGAAAUGGUGAGAAAUAUACUACAUUCAUACAAAUGAUGCUGUAUAUAUUCUGGGUAAGCACCAACUUUGCACCAACUUACCCUAGUGCGGCAUCUUAUCCAUGUGCAUACAAAUUAAGUCAGAUGUAUAUUUUUGUUAAUUACACAGUAUCUUUCCCAGUUAUUAGCUUUGUGUUCCAUACCUCAUUCUGGUUUAUCAUUGCAAUUGUAGAUGCAUCAGUGAGAUCCAGGAAGGACACUGCAGAGUUCGGUAAUGCAUCUCUUUUAAAUACAAUAUAACUUCAGAUAAUAUUCAUAUGAAAUGUGAGACAUAGAAUUGCUAUUUUUCCCCCAUUUUUUCCCCCACCAGAUAUAAAUAAAGCACGCACACAUGAAGGUAAUGCGCUCUGUCAACAGAAUCUGUUUUUUAACUCAAUAAAAAUAUUUUUUAUCUGCCCUAUAUGCCUAAUCUUUAAAUCACUAAAGAUGCAAUUACAAUGAAAAUAAUGAGUGAAUAAAAUAUGUUGUUUUCCUAUUCUCCACAGUGUAUGUUACUCUGGAUGUGGACACAGCUCACCCUAAGCUGAAGAUAAAUGGGAAAUCACUACAUUGGAUAGGUGAAUCAUCGCAGAGAAACAUUGACAUUGAGAACUGUUUUGAUGAAGAGCCUUUUGUGUUGGGCAAUACGGGCCGUGCUUUGAAGACUUACUGGGAGGUGGAUGUGAAGGAGAAGGAUGACUGGGUGCUUGGCGUUGCCAAGGCAACGGCUCACAGGAAGGGGCCGUUGGCUUUCAGACCAAAUGAUGGCUUCUGGGUAAUCAGACUAUCCAAUGGACAAAGACUUAAAGCCAUGGAGGAUGAAGAACGUGUUCUUGACGUAGGAAUUCCAGAUAAAGUCGGUAUCUAUCUGGAUUAUCCGGAAAGGAAGGUGACUUUCUUUAGUGCAGAAGAUGGUUCCCUCAUCCACUCAUUUACCAAUGGACCAAGUUAUGAGGAUGAUGUCCUCCCACUUUUCUCACCCUGGAACAAUGAUCCAAAACCAAUCACAAUUUUGUAAAUCACGGCAACAUAAAAAAACAUAAUUCAUCACAUUCCCUGUCUGUCAAUAGUUUAUCGUGGUAUAAAGCUAUGUCAAUCAUUUUCGAUUAAAUACUAUAAAGAAUUGUGGAUUCAUCAAUAUUGUGAAGAACGGGCGGCAGGUAGCUUAGUGGUUAAGAGCGAUGUGCCAGUAAUCGAAAGGUCGCUGGUUCUAAUCCCCGAGCCGACUAGGGGAAAAAUCUGUUGAUGUGCCCUUGAGCAAGGCACUUAACCCUAAUUGCUCUGGAUAAGAGCAUCUGCUAAAUGACUAAAAUGUUGCGUUCCAUAUUCUUUAUCAAUGUAUUAUACAUUCAUUAUUUCAGUAGUUUAUUGUGUGUGACAUUAAACAAGCAUUUUUGUUUUAAAACAUGAAAUGUUGAUUUGUGAAAAAUACAGAAUCUUAUUUGGUAUCUGAAUGUAGA